GAGAGAGAGAGAGAGAGAGAGAGAGAGAGAGAGAGAGAGAGAGAGCGAGAGAGAGACGCAGGACGUAGACAUCAUUUAUCCUCGGAGUCAUACGGAGUUCUGCGUGUUAGUCACCAUAUUCGAGCUGAGAACACGUUGGAAUAAGGAGCUUUGGCAGCAGUGGGUGCUGCUUUAAUAUAAAUGCAGCUGUACAGACGGAAAGUGAAGCUGCAUUGCCUCUGACUCAUUUCCUUCACUGUAUUGAAAACUGAGAAACAGCAUGUCUGACUCUUUUUAGCAUGUUCCACUGUGAGGCCUUGUACUUUGGCUUUUGCAAAAUCAUGACGAAAUGGACCGCUAGAACAAAGCCAUAAUGGACAAUCCUGGAUUGAAAAUCCUGUCAUUUUCCACCUCAGAUGCCAUUUUGUUUUGUAAAGCAACUUAUCAUAGACCAUAAAACCCACAAUCCAUUUGGCAGGAACAAGCCAAGCCAGAAGUGAAUUCCUGUUACUGCGGUGGUUCCUUUAAAUCUUUCCUCUGGAAAAUCCACCCCGAGGUUUAGGCUGCCAUAACCAUGAUGUUGAGAAGAAAACUGUACAUAUGCGCUCUGCUAGGUGCUAUUUUGUUUUUAAUGAUAGCUGCUCACACCAUUCAGAAGGCCAGUGUUGUGCCCAUCACAGCUUUACCCCCUCAUCACGAUGUCAGGUUACCUGUGAAGAACCAGACACCAUUACAAACAGUUAUCACAGAUUCAAGACAAGGUCUUUCCUGUAGCUGUCCUUCCUGUAUAGCAGACAAAGGUGUGUCGGAGUGGUUUGACCAACGUUAUGAUCAUAAACAGCAACCUUACCUCACCGGCAGGGAUAAUGACAUAGAUCCACUUUCUCUGAAGUGGUGGCUGUCUUUGCAGUCAUCUGAUGGAAUGAUCAAGGACGUCACCAAGAAGAUGUUUAAGAUAAUUUCCCCUCCACCUGAGGACGAAAUGCCACGGCAGAGCCAGUGCCGGAAGUGUGCAGUUGUUGGAAACUCAGGGAAUCUGUUGAGGUCCAAAUACGGAGCCUUGAUAGAUUCCCACUCAGUUGUUAUUAGAAUGAAUAAAGCUGUGACUGUGGGUUUUGAAGAGGAUGUUGGUAACCGAACCACCCACCACUUCAUGUACCCAGAGAGUGCGGUCGAUCUGAGACCUGGUGUCCAUCUCGUCCUUCUUCCCUUCAAACUGAAAGACAUGCAGUGGUUAUCCAGCGCUCUUUCCACUGGAGAGAUCAAAAUGACGUACAUGAGAGUGAAAAAUCGUGUGGAAACUGACAAAGACAAGGUGAUAGUUGUAAAUCCAGCCUUCUUUAAGUACACACAUGAGAAAUGGACAGAGCGUCAUGGAAGGUACCCAUCCACCGGGAUAGUAGCCAUUAUGUUUGCUCUACAUCUCUGUGAUGAGGUGUCAGCGUUUGGAUUUGGGGCAGACAAGCAAGGAAACUGGCACCACUAUUGGGAGUACAACAGAUAUGCUGGCGCCUUUCGAAAGACGGGCGUCCAUAACGCAGAUUUCGAGACUGAGAUCAUUCAGAGGCUCAGCAAAGAGGGCAAAAUCAAACUGUACAGAUGAGCCUGGCCUUUAUUAAUUGUGGCCUUUAUUGACUUGGUACAGCUCAAAUCAGGAUGCACAGCAGCUGUAUGGAAGCCAAAGAGACGCAGAACUGUGAUCCGCCGUACCAUUAAUUGACCACUGUGAGUUGCACUGAACCAAACCCACAGACAUCAAGCUGUAGUCUUUAGACCAAAUGAACUCCUCCUCUUCUCUCACAGCAUUUUAAUGCUACAUGCCUGAAGAAAAAGACGGAUGUUGCCUUCCUCCCAAGUCAGGCAUUGAAACUUUGAAGAAGACGAACAGUAAGCAAAACAGCUUGAUCUGAGCCUCCCUGUGUACUUCUUUCUUAUCGCAACUGUUAUGUCUAGCCUCUCACAGUGUCUGGACUGCAAGUUUGCAACAUGACAAAACUAGUUUCAUGUAAAUCAGAAAAGCUGUCUACACUUCAAGAAAGAUGUUGAUCUUGAUUUUUAUCAUUGGUGGUUGAUUAGAUCAUGAAAAGUUGGUGUUAAAUACCAGAUGAGACCAUCUGGUGCUUGGUUGGAGAGUUUGACGGCAGCCGAAAGGAAAAGCAUUUCAGUAGUUUAAUAGUAGUUAAAUUUUGCUAAAAGAUUCUGAAGACCAUUUUCUUUAAGAUAAUGCAAUGAUAAAUCAUGCAAUAUGAAUCCAUUAUUAAAGGGAUAGUCUUCUUUUUUCUUUGCAACACUAAAGAAGGUAUUUUGGAGAACAUUAAGGUUCUACUUGAUUUGACUUUAUAUUUUUAAAUAUAUUUUUAAAGUCAUACAGGUUUGGAACAGCAUGCGGGUGAGAAAUUGAUGACCGUAAUUUCAUUUUUAGGUGAACUGAAGUACACAAUUUCAGUUUAAAUUUCAUGUUGACUUUUAACUUCAACCUGCAGUGCAUUAAAGCUUUUUAGAUGAGAAGUUUGUGGAUUAUUAUAAGGUUUCAAAACGGCAAAUAAGCAAUAAACAUGUUUUUAAAAGUCAUAAAUUAGUUUGAAUAGCGUAUUAAGACAUUCACAGAUGUUGUUUAGAUUUCACCUCAGACAAUUACAGAGAUGCACUGACACUGUUCAAGUCGCCACACAUUUCCUGUUCCUUUUUCCAAUGUUCUGUCCUAAUUUAACCAUCCUGGCAUUGAAAUCUGCUAAAUAUACUCAAAACACUUGCAGGAAAAUGUAUUUGGCACAUAGAGCUGAGAAAACACAUUUUUGCUAUGUUUGUUACAUGUUUAAUAUCAUUAUAAACCUUUAGACCAAAGCCGUCCUUAAGAGUGUUCUCUGUGGUCUUGAAAUGACUCGGUGAACUCGUUAAACAACCAAUCUUGUGAUUAACAGUUCUGGAUAGAGAACAUGCUGUAUUUCAUAUCAUACAUCUCUGAUCCAUUAUCAUUCUUUUCCUGAAUUACAAUCCAUCUCUGUUUUUAUUUUUAUAGUUUAAAUUACUAGUGGUAGAUGGUCUGCCCCCUGGCCACCUUUGCUUUAUUGCGAACUGUUUUAAGGACUGUGACAAGAUUGAAACUUGAGCUGUAAUUUCGAUUAUGUCAUUUUUUUGCCAACUGUUAUCAAGCUGUCAUUUGUUCUGUGAUUUUGUUCUCGAAUGUAUUUUGGCUUUGCAUUCUUUGCUUCAUGUCAAUCAGUGGCUUUCACAGUUUACAGAGUUUGAAUGGAGAAGAGAUAUUAUGAACACUCAAAUCAAGGCAUCGUCAUUGAAGAAUUAUAGUUUGGACAAAAUUUAGAAAGAAACAGAUAUUGAAGUGUGUUUUAACAAACUUAUUUAGAAACAGAACCGAAGCAUAAACAAUGAAAAAAUAAUUGAAUUCAAAAGUCACAGUUAAGGGCAUCCAGGACCGUAUUCAAAUAAAAAAAUAAAAAAAACAAUUGUAUUGCUGCAUAAAUUAAAAAUACAGAAAAACAUACAAGCCUAUUUUUUAAUGAGUUACACAAUACAUAAAUAUCUCACAAUGCCCUAGUUUUCCAUUCAAGUUCUCUAACAAGUAAAAAACACAAUUUCAACUUUUAAUACAUGACGGUUUGUAUUUAUAUAAGGUCCUCUAAUGCAAGUAGAGAACCAGCUCACCAGUUAAAACUGAAUAUUUAUUCCACCUCCCUGCUGGAAAGUUUUUUUAGGAGGAGUCCAAGAUGUUGAUCAGUAAUGUCAAGAAAAGCAGUGGCCAAAUUACUUUUUAUGGUUUUGUUUACAAGUCAUAUUCAACAUGUUACCGCGGAUUUAAUAUUUUCUGGGUGUGACAUGAUUUAAAAAAAAUGUCUUCUACCACAAGUAGUUCUCGACUCUCGAAGCACUUUAAGGAGUUAGCUCAAAUUCAAAGCCUGUCUAGCUGAAUGUGAUGGUUUGAUCCCAUUGUAAUUGCCAAAUUGCGUAGUGUUGCGUGCACAUCUUUGUAAGCUUCUAUGUUCAUGAUGUUUUGUGUGAACCUGUGAUUUAUCUGUGGUCUGUUUUCAAUAAACCACUUAACCAUU